AUGCCUGCAGCUUUGCCAUACAACGUGUCCCGAGACAACAAGUGGGACAUCAAGAAGAUUAUCCAAGACUUCUUCAAGCGCUGCGACGUUCCGUACCAGGUCAUUCCAUACGACACAGAGCUUUGGAAUGCCUGCUUGAAGCGCGCGAAGGAGAAGGGCUAUCCUGUCGAGCCCGACAGCCCCAUGAGUCUUUACAGGUCAUUCAAAGUGGGGGUUGUUAUCACAAGGACGUCCUACGGCCACAUCCAGGAUUACGAGAUCCUGAUCUGGGUGGCAACAUUCACCGCCUUCGUCACCUACGCCGACGACGCUUUCCAGGAGGACAUCCAACACCUCCACUCCUUUGCUAGAACUUUCCUCCAAAACGAGAAGCACGAGCACCCAGUCCUCGAAGCCUUCGCCCAGUUUCUCCGAGAGUCGUCCAUCCGCUUCAGUCACUUCGUCGCCAACACCGUUGUCUCGUCGGCACUCCGCUUCAUGAUGAGCAUCGCCCUGGAAUUCGAGGGCCAGAAUGUAUCUGUGUCUACAGAGGCUCGCGAAUAUCCCGGAUACAUUCGAAUUCUGUCUGGUCUGUCCGACAUCUACGCGCUGUUUGCUUUCCCUAUGGACCUGCCCCGUUCCACGUACAUUCAGGCCUUCCCCGAGCAAAUCGACUACAUAAACGGAACCAACGACCUCCUCUCGUUCUACAAGGAGGAGCUGGACUGCGAGACAGUCAACUUCAUUUCAGCAGCUGCUACGUCGCAACAAGUCUCCAAACUCGAGGUACUACGGAACGCAGCAGAGAAAGCAGCGUAUUCGUACGACGUCGUCGUUAACGUUCUGAAACCUUAUCCCGAGGCCCUGGCAGCGUGGAAGAGCUUUGCGCGAGGGUUCUGCUACUUCCACACAUCCUCACCACGUUACAGGCUGGGCGAGAUGUUCCAUGACUUUGAGCAUGAUUUGGUUUGCAAGUGUGCGAGCUGCACGGAGAUUUAG